AUGUCUUCUUCAAGAUUUGUCUUCUUUGUUUAUCAUCUAGCCCUCGCUUUCCUUCUCCAAAAGGCUUUUGGAUCCCAAAACUGUUCAAACUCCAUUUUCGCUGCCAACAGUCCCUAUGCAGUCAACUUGAAGGACCUCCUUAACGCCCUUUCCGUUCGAACUCCUCGAACAGGGUUCGGCAGAGCUUCCGUCGGCCAACCGCCGGCCCGAGUGCACGGCCUCGCCCUCUGCAGAGGCGACAUGUCGAGCCAAGACUGUAAAUCCUGUGUCGAAGAAGCGGCCGUCGAGAUACAAAAGCGUUGCCCCAACAAACGAGGUGCAAUCAUCUGGUAUUACGAUUGCCUCGUCAAGUAUGAAAACAGAGACUUCUUCGGCGAGAUCGAUACUCAGAACAAGUUCUACAUUCCGAACCCGAACAACGCGAACAAUCCAGCAGCGUUUAAUCGGCAGACCAAAAGAUUGCUGAGUCGACUGACUAACCAAGCUUCUAGAAACAGCACACUGUAUGCCUACGGUGAGUUACAGGAGCAAGGACUGCAGAGAGUUUACGGGAUAGCUCAGUGCACGAGGGAUCUUUCCCCGAGUGACUGUAAGACGUGUCUUGAAGACUUGAUCGGCGAGUAUCUUCCGUUGUGCUGUAAUGGGAGGGAAGGAGGCAGGCUCUACAGUGGCAGUUGUUUAGCUCAAUAUGAAGUAAUUGUGCCCUAUUAA